AUGAAGAUGAAGAAGAAGAUGAAGGCGAAGGUGAAGAAGGGCAGCGGGCGCCUGCUGUCCUCCCGGCGGGGCAUCGUGGUCCGGGGCCGGUGGAAGCCCGUGGAUGUGGACCCCAGUCUGUUCUCGGACCAGGGGCUCGACGGCCUGGUGUGCUUCGAGGAGCUCACCGAUUACUCCCUGGUGGAGCCCGAACGGGCCGUCGCCGCGCGCGAGACCACACCGAAAGACAAGAAGAAGAAGAAGAGAAAAGCCGGCGAGGUCGACGCUGAAGAGCAGCCGCAGUCUGACGCUGAAGACAACCCUGAUGAGGAGAAGAUAAAGAGGCAGAAGAAGAACAAGCCGGACGAGGAGUCCCAGGAGGAGGCGGUGGAGGACCAGAUCUCACAGGACGAGUGUGCUGAUGUGACUCCAGAAACACAACACAAAACAGCCAAGCAGAAGAAGAAGAAGAAGAAGAAGCAGAAGCAGAAGCCAGCGACUGCAGACGCCCCGGCUGAGUGCCAGAAGAAGAGCAGGAACUGGAGCGCGGCUCCCGGCGACCCCGAGGCUCCGGGGACAGACGUGUCAGCGUGGAAAGACCUGUUCGUUCCGGCGCCGGUUCUGAAAGCUCUCAGUGCGCUUGGGUUUGCGGCCCCGACCCCCAUCCAGGCCCUGGCGCUGCCGCCGGCCAUCCGGGACCGCCUGGACGUGCUGGGAGCGGCCGAGACCGGCAGUGGGAAGACGCUGUGUUUCGGUAUUCCGAUGAUCCACAUGAUUCUGGAAUGGAAGGAAGCAUCGAGCCACGAGCAGACGGAUGAAAGCAGGAACCCUGAUGAUGCAGAGACGCGUGUGGAGAGUCUGUACCUGCCAUCAGACACGAGUCCUGCGAGAGAGACGAGCGAUGAGCCGCGGGACGAGGACAGCGAUGAGGACGAGGACUGCAGCGCUGAUGGAGGACCGGGUGAUGAGAAUGAUGAGGAUGAGGACUGCAGCGCUCCUGAUGGAGGACCGGAUGACUCUGUGAGCGCUGAUGGAGGACCGGAUGACUGUGUAAGCGCUGUUGAAGCUGGAGCUGAUGAUUCUGUUAGCGCUGAUGAACCGCAGAAGCAGCCGCUGCUUGGUCUUAUCCUGACCCCCACCAGAGAGCUGGCCGUUCAGGUCAAACACCACAUCGAUGCCGUGGCUCGCUUCACAGGUAUCAAGACGGCGUUAGUGGUGGGUGGGAUGGCGAUGCAGAAGCAGCAGCGGAUGUUGAUGCGACGGCCCGAGAUCAUCAUCGCCACACCAGGACGCCUGUGGGAGUUGAUCAAAGAGAGACACGCACACCUGCAGGACCUGCGACAGCUGCGGUGUCUGGUGAUCGACGAGGCCGACCGCAUGGUGGAGAAGGGCCACUUCUCCGAGCUGGAGAGUCUGCUGGAGAUGCUCAACACGUCCCAGUUCAGCCCCCGGCGGCAGACGUUCGUGUUCUCCGCCACGCUGACGCUGGUGCACAGCCUGCCCCUGCGGCUGACGCAGAAGAAGAAGAAGAGGGCCGAGCAGCGCAGCAAGCUGCAGAUCCUCAUGGAGAGGGUGGGCAUGAGGGCCAAGCCCAAGGUCAUCGACCUGACGCGCAAGGAGGCCACGGUGGAGACGCUGACGGAGAGCCGCAUCAGCUGCACCAAGGAGGACAAGGACCUGUUCCUGUACUACUUCCUGCUGCAGUUCCCGGGCCGCAGCAUGGUGUUCGCCAACAGCAUCGACUGCAUCAAGCGGCUGACGGCGCUGCUGCAGAUCCUGGACCUCGCGCCGCUGUGUCUGCACGCUAACAUGCACCAGAAGCAGCGCCUGAAGAACCUGGAGCGCUUCGCAGAGAAGGACAGUUGUGUUCUGCUCACCACGGAUGUCUCGGCUCGAGGGCUGGACAUCCCUAACGUUCAGCAUGUGAUCCACUAUCAGGUUCCGCGCACCUCUGAGACGUAUGUGCACCGCAGCGGGCGCACGGCUCGGGCCGCUAGAGAGGGGCUCAGUCUGCUGCUGAUCGGGCCGGACGACCUGAUGAACUACAGGAAGAUCUGCAGAACGCUGGACAAGAGCGAAGACCUGCCCGUGUUCCCCGUGCAGAGCAAGUGCAUGGCGGCCAUUAAAGAGCGUGUGACUCUGGCCAGGAGGAUCGAGAAGAUGGAGUUCUUCCACAGCCGAGAGACACAGCACAACUCCUGGGUCAGGCAGGCGGCCGAGGCCAUGGACAUCGACGUGGACGACGACCUGCUGAUGGGAGGCGGUAAAGAUGAGGAGGAUGACCGUGAGCAGCAGAGGCUGAUGAAGAGCCUGAAGAACCAGCUCAAGCAGCUGAUCUCCCAGCCGGUCUUCAGACACCAGAUGAAGACCAGGUACCCGACGCAGAUGGGCAAACUAACCCUGCCUCAGCUGCCCCUCGCCACAGCGGACACUGCGCUCGCCAGCGUGAGCCGCGACAGAUCCACCGCCACACUGCAGCGCUGACUGGGUUAAACAGAGGAUGGUGUUUACAUGUGUGAAGGACAGCGGAAAUGCACUGUUACCAAAGGGCGGGACUUUUAAAUCAUCUUAAUACUGUCAGAAAGCAUGGGGACGUCUGGGACUGAAGAACAUGAUCCAGCAGAGACGUGUAAUGCGUCUAGUGUUUUAUGUCUAGUGGUGUCUACUUCAUGGACUGAUCUGUUCAUCUGUAAGUGACUGCCAUUAGAAAUGUAUUGUGAACACAGACCUGAUGUUUAUAUAUGAGAAAUAAUGAACCAGAGAUCUUGUAGACUUAG